AUGAUGAAGCAAACGCCAGAGGAGAAACGUGAAGAUAUCUUUUUACAUCGGCCUGGAUUUGGUAAAAGAGAAUAUAAAAAUACAACGAAGCAAGAGAAGUCGCGUAAAACAUCUCAACUCGAUAUGGAAUCGAUGGUGUUAAGCGGCUUAGAAUUGUCUGGUUUAAAAGUGAUGUUACUUUUCGUAAUUCCCAUUGCCAUGAUAUCAACGGCUAUCUUCGGAGCUUAUACAGCAUAUCGCAUAAAUAUGCUUGCCGAUCUUCACGUACACUAUCGCGCCUUAUGCAUUAUACCUUACGGACCGUUAGGUAAUAUCACAGAAACGCGUAUCUAUACCGACAAGGACUCCUCGAGUUUAUUCAAUGAUAAAAAUAUCGAAAAUUUUAAUGUCAAAGUUGAUCAUAACGUCUUUCGUGAAGAAAUCGAAAUGGAUAUAAGUGAUGAUGAGAGCUAUGCUAGCAUUGAUGUACACAGUUUUGACACGAUAAGGCGUGCACGCUUUAUACAUGACUUCAAAGCUAACCAAUCGGCCAUUAUUGAUCCAAUUUCGAAUCGGUGUUUCGUAAUGCCAUUGGAUCACGAAACAGUUAUGUCCCCAAAGAAUUUUGUGAAUUUUAUGACUAAUGCAGGCUCGAGCUAUUUAAAUACCAAUGUUGACCGAAUACAACGAACUCUGAUUGUGUUGACGCCGUAUCUCACAGACUUGUUGACUGUAUCUAAAUUUGUUGGCGAUGAGUGCGAUGACAUGAUAAUCUAUAAAACUGAAGUUCACACAGCAGGAGAUUUUCGAAAUAAAAUCGAAUUAAAAUCACCAGUCACUUAUGCUGAAUACUUAGGCAUAUGUAUUAUCGAAUUUAACGUUAUGAACAUGGACUAUAUAGAAGAGUAUGAACAUCUGCUAUGGCAUUGA